UUGUCUUCUUUCUGAAGAGAGAGCAUCAAAAGCAAAACCAAACCUGCGGUUAAAACUUAUCCCUCUCUGCAACUACAAGACAACAGAGAGAGAGAGAGAGAUACGAUCUUGUCUUCGUUUCGGGAUUAUAUAUAUAACACAAUCAUCAACCAUGUCCUUUUGUCUCUAACGUCAUCCAAAAAGGCAACCUUUGAAACACUAAAAGAGAUGAUAGAAAACAGCAGAGAGGAAGAAGGACGAUUAGGCCGUACGAUUCUCGUCGGCGUGAAGCUAGACGCACCGAGCAGAGAGCUACUCACUUGGGCUCUCGUUAAAGUCGCUGAGCCUGGCGAUACCGUCAUCGCUCUUCACAUCCUUAGCAACGAGAUUGUUGAAAACUCUUCGCUUCUCUCCUUGGUGAAGACCUUCGACUCUGUUCUCGACGUUUACGAAGGCUUCUGCAAUCUAAAACAGGUGGAUCUGAAGCUGAAGCUGUGUCGUGGCGACUCACCUCGUAAGAUGAUAGCUAGAGAAGCCAAAUCGUUCUCCGCGUCGAAAGUUUUAGUUGGAAUCUCUAAAAGUCGUCACAACGCGAUUCGUUCAUCAGCUUCUGUUGCUAAGUACAUAGCCAAGAAGCUGCCAAAGGAUCGUUGGGUUCAUGCUGUUAACAACGGUAAGAUCGUGUUCCAGAGAGAAGGGUCCGUUAACCAUCCUCGAGUUGAGGAAGAUGUAAGGAAGAACAACUUGUUGAAUGUGCUUCAGAGAUCGGUUACAUUAACUACCACUUCCAAAGUCGUUAGCCAUUCAGAGGAGGUCUCCAAGGAAGAUGAAUCUUGUGGCCAGAGUUUGAAGCAAGCCUUAGUGGCUGCUCGUUCUGAGAGUUGUUCGGUUUGUGGUUCUAUAAAUGAUACAACUGCUAGAGCUUCAGAUAGGAGUGAAGAUGAUGAUGAUAAGUGUCUCAAAGCAAAGGAGAUUGUGUCUGAGAAAGGUUCUACAGCUAUGUUGGUUAGGAAACAGCCUGAAGCUAGACCAGGUUGGCCUUUGCUUCGCCGUGCUUUUACUUCAGCAGCACAACCAAUUACAUCUCAUAGGCCUACUUCUCAAUGGGCUUUGAAGCUUCCUCCGAGGAGCAGUAAGCAGAUUGGUCAUGACUCUUGUGAUGGUAUAUUGUCAAGCUUAAACGCUAUCACCACCAAGAAGUCUUCUUCUGACAAUAGUCCAAGAAAGCCACCUAAGGAGCUAGAGGGACUCUAUGAGAGAUUCUCUUCAACCUGCCAGGUCUUCAAAUACAAGGAGCUUGUUUCAGUGACAUCAGACUUCUCCACUGAUAAUUUCAUCGGUAUAGGAGGGAGCAGCCGAGUUUUUAGAGGCUGUUUAUCCAACGGAAGAGAAGUAGCUGUAAAGAUCCUCAAGCAAACAGAAGAUAUCUUGAAUGAUUUCGUCGCUGAGAUCGAGAUCAUCACAACUUUGCACCAUAAGAACGUUAUCUCCCUCUUAGGCUUUUGCUUUGAAGACAACAACUUGUUACUUGUAUACAAUUAUCUCUCAAGAGGAAGCCUAGAAGAGAAUCUUCACGGAGACAAGAAAGAUCCACUUGCGUUUGGUUGGAGCCAGAGGUUUAAAGUAGCUCUGGGAGUAGCAGAGGCAUUAGACUAUCUGCAUAACACUGCUUCACAACCUGUUAUUCACAGAGAUGUUAAGUCAUCUAACAUACUGUUAUCUAAUGAUUAUGAGCCACAGCUUUCUGAUUUUGGGCUGGCGAGGUGGGCGUCUAUAUCCACAACUCACAUUGUCUGCUCAGAUGUGGCUGGAACCUUUGGCUACUUGGCUCCUGAGUACUUUAUGUAUGGUAAGGUGAAUGAUAAGAUAGAUGUGUAUGCAUUUGGUGUUGUUCUACUUGAGUUGCUCUCUGGAAGGAAACCUAUUAGCAGUGGAUGUCCAAAGGGACAAGAGAGUCUUGUCUUGUGGGCUAAACCAAUUCUAGACGAUGGAAAGUAUUCUCAGUUAUUAGACCAGAGUUUGAAGGAUAACAACAAUGGUGAUCAAAUGCAGAGGAUGGCGUUAGCUGCUACUCUUUGUAUUCGACGUAGUCCUCAAGCUAGACCAAAAAUGAGCAUAGUCUUAAAGCUACUCAAAGGCGAUGAAGACACACUCAAAUGGGCAAUGCAACAAGCGAGUAACUCCUCAGAUGAAUCAGAGAUGCUCAAGGAUGAGGAGUGUCAAAGAUCUAACUUGCAGUCACACCUUAAAGUAGCGCUUCUUGAUGUUGAAGAUGACUCUCUCUCCAUGGGAAGCUUUGACCAAGGCGUCUCUGUUGAGGAUUAUCUCAAAGGCAGAAACUCCCUUGACUGA